UUUUUUCCAUGUUAAUAUUGUCAGGGAGGUUCAAGGAUUUUUCCUUUAAUUAUUAGUCUUAUCAUAUGUUCUUUAAUUUUCUCCCACUGAGUGCUGACUUGACUACUGAGAAGACCAUUGCUCUCUCCCGCGUCUCGUCGAUUUCCCUGAUCGCUGUUCUCUCUCACCUCCCGAUCUCCUCUGCGUCUCUCCCUCUCUCAAAUUCGAUGGAUUAUGAUUUCAGGAACAGAGCCGGACCUCCAUACGAUUCGCAUAUCCCUAUGUACCGGUCAAACACCAGUUCGUCACCGUCACCAUCAAGCCAUCCGCACCAUGGACCAUCCCUCUACCCCAGAGUUGGUCAGCCCAGUCAUGCCGUUAUCCCUCCGGCUGGCCGGACGACUUCCUAUCAUCAGACGACUUCCCCAUCCUCAGGAUUGGGCAUGAGGGUUGCAAUAAAACCCGAGUACCGAAUAACUGCACCACCUCAGCUGUCCCCGCAAAUGGGAGAUAUUCCCCGAAGCACAUUUCAGUUUGAUUUUGAACUUGAGAAGAAAAUUCUAGCUGAAGCAGAGAAGGAGAACCAAAAUUGGAGCAGACUUGGGUUGGAAAACCUUUCAUCUAGAACUGCAGAAUCAAAUCCUUCUUCGGGUUCUGCCACAGAUCCAGUAGUGAGCAAAUACACUGCUUCAGGACUCAGCCGGGAAGCUGUGUCCCUUGCAGUAGCAACCUUUGGAGAUAAUCCAACAAAGGUCAGGGAAUUUGUAAAGGGGUACAACCUCCUCAGAGAAAUGGGGUUCUCGCCUAACAGCGUUGCUGAAGCAUUAGCAAUGUAUGAUAAUGAUACAGACAAGGCAUUGGCUCAUUUUCUGAACAGUUCAACAUGAUGGUACUGGGAAUUGAUGGUGAUUUGCAGGAAUAUCGAAUGAUGUUUUGUGUUUUCUCAAGUUCAGUAAUUCAGCUAGGUUGUAUAAUCGUGAAAAUGCUUAAUCCUUGAAAAAUCAUUUGACAUUGGGUGUGUAUCUUUAUUUUUUUUUCUUCUAUUUUUUUUUUUCAAUUUGGAGAAAUAAAACCAUCUGUUUUCUUUGUUAGUGUUGUCCCAGAAGUCAUUGUUCAUUUUGUACAUUGUUGAAACUCUGAUGUCGAGAUCAUGUUCAAUUUGUAUUUUGAACACUAUACUUUUACCUGGUAACCAGACAGAACUGUCCGAUGGAUCUUUCACA